UUUGAUUAAUCUGACGUCAUCUUUACUAAAUAAAGGUAUACAUUGUAAAAAUAUAAGUGGAAAAAAAAUAAAACAAGAAUUUGUCUUCAGCUUUCUACCAUUAUAAAAUGGCAGAUCCAAAAUAUGAAAACCUUCCCGGCAUCGCUUACGACCAACCCGAUGUUUAUGAAACCGGUGAUUUGCCAGAGGCUGAUCAACCCGAACCAUACGAAGAAGAAGACAAUGAAAGCAUUGAACAAUUACAUCUCUCAGUGAAAGAUUCAUUCAAUAAAUUUAAAGGAAAGUUCCUGACAGGGAAUGUUGAUUUUUCCGAUAGAUUGAGCAGAAAAAAUCGUAUCGGUUACAGGUCUGGUGAAUGGGAGCUGGCUGCUGAAGGUGAGCCUGAAACAACACUGGAACGCUACAAUAGACUUCGCUGUGAAUUUUCCGAAUUGCUAGAACAAAUAGCAGAACAACAAAAUAAAGCUACAGAAAGUGAAAAGGAGGAGCAUUCGAAAUUAGCAUCUCAGAUAAACACUACAAAGAAACUUCUAGAAGAACUGAAGCUGGAAGAAGGUGAACAAGUUGAUCCUAAGGCUGAAAAAUUAAGUGAGUACCUGAGCACAAAUGGUAAGAAAAAACAUGGUGAAGUGGUAACUGCCCAUCUGAAACUUAGGCCAGAGGUAACCCUUGCACAGACUACCAGGAUAGCACAACUAGAGCACAGAUUACAUAAGCUAGAACAAGCGGCUGGUGUGAGGGACGAAGAAGCAUUCCGCAGGUUGCAGGCUGCAACGGGAGAGGCAACAUUGUGUGGAGCGGCAGCAACACUAGCUAAUCAAGCUUCUUUACUUCGUCCCGGGGAUUUAGCUGCAGCUGAAGCUAGAGUCACUUCGCUUCUAACCAAUGUAGAAGCAUUGAAGGCUGCUGUUAAACCAGCUGAACCGGAAGUCGAAGCAAAGGUAAAGGAAUUACAUAAACUAUUGAAACAAAUAGAUGGCGUAUCACAUUCCGAAAUCUUAGAGAGAAUGGAGGCACUUGAAGCUCUUCAUAAUCAAGCAAGCAACUUUGGAAAGUCGCUCACAGAGUUAGAAACACUACAAAGCACUAUAGCCAGUGGGGUUCAAAAUAAUAAAGAGCUACUUCAAGGAGUCCAAGAAGUAUUCGCUCAUAAUAUUGACAGUCUUCAAAAAGAAAUAAAGAAGUUGGAUGGUAGAAUCAGUAAAUUAGCUACUGUAUGAUAACAUAAAAAUGUUUAGAUGUGCUUAAAAUUGUUUUUUUAUCUGUAGAGUCAGGGUUGCAAUGUAAGAAAAAUAUUGGUAUAAUAACCUUUAUAGUAAAAUAAAGAGUAAAGUAGUGAGCGUAAGCUUUAAAAGUAAAAAAAAAAAACAGUUACAAUCGCUUUCCUUGAUUGCGUAUAUUCGAC